UUUACCAGUCAGGUCGUGUCCGCCGCUGCUUCCAUUGGCCUGGCCACCUCAAAAGUCCCCAACGCGGCUCAAACGUUAACGGAAUUUAAAGUCGAGGGAAAGAGAAGAAAACAGAAACUGCAUCAUUUGCAUAAAGCAAAUAGAAAACGUAACGAAAAUACGACUAAAGUUGAUUCGGAUUGUGUGUUGUUUCAUGUCGCAUUUCUGACAUUUUUUCGCGCCACCAUUUCUGGGAUAUUUCCCCCAGCGACGUGUUUGUUUGAACGGAAAACAGUGCAUCGACAUUAAAUCGAAUUGACUGGAAAAACAAUAAUAGAAAUUAUAACCCUUGACUGAACAAAUAUCAUAGCCGGAAGUGAACCAUGCGUGUUUCAUUGGCAGUUUGGGGCACCCUGUGCCUGUGGGUGGUCGCAGCAAACGCACAAGGAUUUAUACCGCCGCCCAAUGUCGGACCGCACAACGGGCCGCCCUUUCAUAACUCGCAGCGCCGUCAGUUGAACCUGCAGCAGUACAACCAGCAAAACUUUGUCCAGGCGGGAGUGGAGCUGCCCAUUCCUCACCGUCCGCAGCAACAGCACACACACCAUCACCACCAGGCCCCGCAGCAGCAACACCGCUUUGGGCAGUUCCCACACCAGCCCCAGCAGCAGCAGCAGCAUCAGCCCCCUCACAGCAAUCAGCAGUUCCAGCGCUCGACCCAAAACCAACUGCAGACUGCUCCCCAAUUUCCGCAGCAACAGCAGCAGCAGCACCAACAACAACAGUUGACCUCGCCAGCCACCGGCAUUGAUCUGCAUCAUCAGAACUUCUUGGACUUGCGCAACUUCGCUGGCUCCCAGCAGCAGCCUCAGCAACAGCAACAGCAACAGCAGCAGCAGCGCCACAAGCAAUUCGACUCCCGCCUGCAGUCAACAGCCUUUCCACCCCAACCUUCGCUUGAAACUUACCAGCAGCAGCAGCAUCAGCAGUUUGCCUACCAGCAGCCCCAGCAGUUUGGACCCCAUGUGCUGCCCCAGACCACCCAGAAGUUGCCUAGCCAGGCACCAGUGCCCACAUUUCAGACUAUUUCCCAGCCACAGCAGCAGCAGGUACAGUUCAACUACCAGCAGCAGGCCACGCAGCAGCAGCAGCAGCAGCAGCAGCAGUACCAGCUGACUCCCCAGCUGGGUUUGCCCGUGCCACAGAUAUUCAACAACCUGCAGGCCACUCCCUUCCCAGAGCCCACCCGAGGCACCUUUCAGCCUCAAGCUCAGCAACAGCCUCAGUUCCAGCACCAAUUCGUCAACGCCCAGGCACCAGUCCAGGCUCAGAGCCAGCCCACCGACCAGGAGUACAAGCAGAAGCUGAUCCAGAAGCACGAACAGUUCGUGGCCAAGCAGUACGAAAAGUCGCAGCACAAAGUGCGCCAGCAGCAUGAGGAGUUCCUGGUUAAGCAGCAUCAGAUCAAGCAGCACAUCCUGCCCACGAUCAUCACGCAGCACAACGGCAACUAUCAGCACUCACCCUACGUGGGAGCACCAGCUCGUGGAAGGCCUGUGGCCCAUCCCACAGAGUACAACCAGUUCAAUAGCGCCCUGCAGCAGUACUACAAAGAGCACCCGACGACGACGACAACUACCACCACGACUACGACAACUGAGGCAACCACCACGCCGAAGAAGAAUAUCUAUGCGCAAGUGAAAUCCGAACUGGGCAAGUAUCCCAGCCAGAAGAGCAAGAAGCCGGUGAAAACCAUUGCGCGCGAGGACCUGCUUAAGCAGCUAAAGGCUGCCCUGUCCGAAGCUCCACAGCAGCCGCUGACAGGCAAUAAGACGUACGAUGAAAUGGACCUGGUGCUGCCCAAUGGCCAGAGGGUUCAGGUCAUCCGCACAACAGAUCCCAACCUUGUCCAGGGCCAGAAGGCCUACUCCCAGGAGCAACUGCAGACUUUGCUUGCCCAGCAGGCUUUGGGUGGAGAUGCGAAGCUCAGCCUGAGCGAUGUGGCGCCUAGCAAGAGCAAGGACCUAGAGCUGCCGGGUGGUGGUAAGGUGCAGAUCCUGCGAUCCCCAGAUCCCCAGGAGUCAGACACUCUGCCGUCAGGUGGUCUUCCCGGUGGCGUGGACCUCUCCAGCCUGGCUGCCCUCUAUGGUGGAGGCGCAGGUGACAUCCAGGGUAUCAGCAGUGGAGCGAACAGCAUUGCCAGCUCGGCGGUGAUUACUUCGGACUCGGACGAUCCACCUUCCCUGGAGGAGUUGGCCAAACGAGGCCUCAUUCCCGAUGGCUACGAGAUCGAGGGUCUCAGCUCCAAGUCGCAAGCUCCAGCCACCGCUGCCCCAGCCCCACCGCUGCCCCAGCCGAAGAAGAAGGCCACCUAUGUGUAUCUCGAGGAGCAGGCAGAUGGCAGCUUCAAAAUUCAGGGAGUUAAGGCCAAUGGCGAGAAGGAGACCAAACAAACGGGUAGCGAAGUGGAGAGCAUUCUGGAGCGUAUCAGGAGUGGGGAGAUCAAGCUGCCACCCUCCGUUUCGCGCCUGACCCUGCCCAACGACGAGCUUGUGGAGAUCAAGAGCGGCAAGAUCAUCCAGACCACGCGGGCUCCAGCUACAACUUCCACGAGCACCACCACGACAACGACAACGACAACCACUACCACUCCCACGCCCUUCGUUUCUCGGGGAACGCCCAGCAACCACCGGCAGUACCAUCCAUCGAGGACCUCGACCACCAGCACUACAUCCGCCCCGACCACAGCUCGCCUCAAUCUGGUUUUCGAGAGCAGUACUCCCGAUCACGCAAACGCUGCCAGCCUGAUUCGCACCACUCCGGCUCCCGUGUAUAGUGGCUCCACGGUGACGGGUUCCCCCUAUUUGGGAGGUGCCUCCACCCACUUGCCAGUGGUCACCGAGCGUCUGUCCGACGUCGUCAACAGCCCCGAUCUGCUGCCACCCGUGUCCCAGUACGCAGAUGCCCUCGUCCAGGAGACUGAGAAUACGGAAAAGGCGGCGCAGGCCAGUCCUGCGACCAGCUCUGUGCUGUCCAAUCCCAGCGAGGAUCUACUGCAGAUUCUGAAGUCGAACGGCCUGUUUGCCAUGGCGAAGUACCUGCGCCAGUCGGGCCUCGACAGCAUUCUCAAUGAGACGGGACCCUACACCAUCUUUGUGCCCACAGAUAAGGCCUUCAAGAACCUGUUGGUGCAGUUGGGAGGUCCGGAACGGGCAGAGGAGAAGUUCCAGUCCAAUCCCAGGCUAUUAAGUGGGCUGCUGCUACACCAUGUGAUUCCGGGAGCUUUUGAAAUCGCCACCUUACAGGACGAGAUGACCGGCGUCUCACUGGCCGGAACCCAGCUGCGAGUGAAUCAGUACAACAUGCAUGACCAGGAGUGGAACGAUGUGACUCUCACCACCAUCAACGGAGCCAUGGUUGUGUUGAACAAGAAGGACAUCAAGAUCCCCCAGGGUGUGGCCCAUGCCGUCGAUCGCGUUAUGUUCCCGCUGCCCGUCGGGGACCUCUUGCAGACUCUGCAAUCUGAUCGCGAGGGCCGCUUCAGCAAUUUCCUUAAGAUUCUGUACACCUCUGGACUAUCCGAGAAGCUGCAGAGCAAGGGAGUGAAAACCUACACCGUCUUCGCCCCCGUCGACAAGAGCUUCAGCGAGCUGGACUCAGACACACUGGAGAAGCUAUACAUCGACAAGGAGGCCGCAGAGCAGUUCGCCAUGAAGCACAUUGUGCCGGGUGCUCUCUUCUCGGCCGGCAUGCGGUUCUACCAGGUCAAGGACUCGCUGUACACGGGCAAGACCGUGAUCCUGCAGAAGACUUCGGCUGGAAAGAUCAAGGUGAACGAUGCCCAGAUGGUCACGUCAAAUAUACCAGCCACCAAUGGAGUGAUCCACGCUCUGGAUGGCGUCCUGGCGUGAACAAAUGCAAACUGCCAGCAACAAGAGUAGCCACUCUGUAGCACAGUUUUCGUUUAGCCCGUAAGGUUUAGGCUAAGCUAGGAGGAGUGUUCAUCAACCACAUCGAAAAUUGUUAGUGAAAUCUUGCCAAAGUCCAUGGCUGGACUUGAGGAAUUGCAAUCUUGUAUAAACCUGGUGCAAAACGAUCGAGUUUAAGAGAAUCAUACAAACAAUUGGUGCUUCCACGAACUUUUCUGUAUUUCUCCCUUUCGCCUUCACAAAACAGUCAUUAAAAAUAGUUCAAUUUAAGGAAGAAUCAGAAGUAUGUAAAAAAGCCUACAAGCAAUGGAAUCUGACCGGGAUUUAAGUUAAGUUCAUAUCUAAUUUAUUUUUGGCAUUAAAGUGCAAAUUAUGUAAU